CACAGACCUUCUGACUGCAAUAAUCCUUGGAGACGGUUGUGCCUGAGUUUCUCCUCCCCAGUCCCAGGGACAGUGCUGCAGGGCAGCAGGGCGGUGCUGCGAGAAACCCCCUGACACCCCCAGACUCUGCGCACACCUCCAGAGCUCCCAUUCCAUUCCAACCUCUCCCUUUCAACUGCCCAUCACCUCCUCCCCUGCUCUCCUCUCAGCCUCAACCCCACCACCAACUCAGUGCAAAGCAUCCCCGGGGGCUGCACAAGGUGGGGUGCAGCUGGCUGGAAGCUGUGCAGCACAGCCUGCAGCGAGCAGGGGCUCAGAAUAGCUGCAUGCAAGCCCCCGAAUGUGGUUAACACCACCUCUCACACCUCACACCUCUUUCGCUGCUUGCUGGGGCUGUGGUGGCCAGACACGCACUGCUUUUGGGCUGCUGCUGCGUCCGAUGUUGUCCCAAACAUGCAGAUGGAGGAAGUGGUGCACACCAGGCCCUGCUGACUGCUGGCUCGUAUUUGCUUCAGGGGCUUUUUAUCUCGCCUCUGCCAGAGCCCCGGAUAUCCGUGGCUGCUUUGCGAAAGGGGAAAGCAGAGCAGAGUUUCUCUGGGAGGGAAGGGUCCUUUGGGUCAGAUUCAGGUUGCAGCAGCGAGGAGGAAGAUGGGGCAUGAAGAAGAAGUGGACACUUCCUGUUUGGCCUGAAACUGCCUGCUCUCUGGGCAGGGCAGAGGGGAUGUUGGACGGGUGGCUGCAAUAUGUGGCCAGAGUGCAGGGUGUGGACAGACGCAGCACUGCAGGAGAUGGGAGCAUGCAGGGAUCCAUCCCUGCUCCAUCUGCACCAAGAAGUGCUGCCCAGAGAGGAUGGAGCAGCAGCACACGAGGAGCUGAAGGGUGCAGGGACACAGCAGUGCUCACUGGUAUGGAUCUGCAGCUGCUGCUGGAAGAACCACUGCCACUGGGGUGGAUAUCUGUUACUUGGAAAGUGGAACUGGGGGUAGAACCCCGGCAGCGCAUCCUGACGGUUUGGAAGGAUAAAGUUGAACCUGCAAACAGUUCUCUUUCUCGGAGAGCCAUCUUCCACCGGGAGCCCUUCUCCCUGCAGAUCAGUGCUGUCACCCAAGCAGACAACAGCAACUAUUUUGCAGAGAUUGAAAAGUCAGAUGGGUCCGUUUCGACCAAGUGCUUCCAUGUGUCAGUGUGGGGUGAGUGCCUGGACCUCCUGCCCUCCUCCCUCCCCAUCCCCUCUAACCUCUCUGUCCCUGCAGAGCCUGUGGGCAGCCCACACCUGGAGACACGCGUGCUGCAGCAGGAGCAGGGACGGUGCAGCUUCCAGCUGUCCUGCACUGUGCCUGAGGCCACCGCCGUGUCCUACAGCUGGUCCCGUGACUGGGAGCCACUGGGCAACCAGAGUGUGCUGGAAGUGCCCAAGGAUGUGCAGCCUGGGCAUUAUGUCUGCAAUGUGAGCAACCCGGCCAGCUGGAGCACGGCCAGCAUCGACACGGCCACAGCCUGCAGCCAGACAGGGCUGUUUGGUGCCAUCCCGUGGUGGGCAGUGACCGUGUUGCUGGUGCUGGCUGUCUGCAUUGCUGGCUCCAUCACCUACUGGUGCUGGAGGAGGAGGAGGAAGGACCGCCCUGCAGCUCCGACACCCUCAGCUCCCCCAGAACACACAGAGCCAUCGCUGACUGUCUAUGAGGAGGUGGGCAAACUCCAAACCGGUCAAGAGCCUAAUGGGAACAGUGAGGCUCACAUGGUGGGUAACACCGUCUACGCUGUGGUCAACCCCAAAGGACAGAGGCCCAGAAGCCCUCAAAAGCCUGAAAGCUGCACCAUUUACUCCACUGUUCAGCACAGCAUGAAGUCCCCCUCCUUCAAGAUGAAGAAGUUGGACCGAGCUUUGGUUUCCACUGCCUACAUGGAGGUGACGGCACCUUUGAGACAUUACACCUCCUCUCAGAGCUCAUCCACAUCUCCCACGGACCUCCAAAACUCCUGAGCCCUGCAGGCACUUGGAUUCUCUGCCCCCCCCCCUCCUUCUGCAGCUCGGGGACUCAUUGGGGAUGGGAAACAUCUGGACUUGGGUUUUGCUAACACCACAACCACCCCCUAUCCUGACUGCUGCUGGGGGUUCAGCCCUGCACCCAACGGUCCUUCCUUCCUCCGACGCCCUCCGACGGCACGAGAGGCUCCGGGAGGAGGGGAGGGGGGAGAGAAAGGGGACUCUGGCUUCAAAAAAUCGCACCAAAGGCGAGAUCAAGGCUUUUAUUUGGGAUUAAAAUUAAACGUGUCUCUUUGAUGGGAGCUCACUCCCGACGGCGCCGC